UUGAUUCGUGAUCCACGCUCGCCACCGACUCAAGGACGCGAAUUGAUUGCAGGUGAAGCUGCACAAACAAACCCCAGACCCGCUGCAACGCGCGCUUGGAAAGGAGCAGCGAACCGCACCGCGCAGACGGAGAUGCUGUAGAAGAGAAGUACGCUGCAUAUUUCUGUGUCGCCUUCUGAGCCCGUUUAUGCCACCCAUCCCUCUGAUUGCCUGGAUGGACAGCGGACCCGCCUCCUCCUCCUCCUCCAUGUUGGCGGGCCCUUCUUCGCUGUGGCGGCUGGCCGAGAGGAGGAACAGGAAAGCCGGCUCAGCGAACAUUUUCAGCAGCGUGAACCUGUGGCAGCUCCAGAGGCUGUUCAGGGCGGCAGGAGACCAGGAUGCGGAGCAGAGGGCCCAGCUGGUUUGGGGUCAUGGAGAUGAGGCUGAACUGGCUCAGGCUUUAAUAGGGCUUAGGGCCCGAAAUCACCGCAGAGGCCUGAGGGCUAACGGAAGGGAGGCACUGGGCUCACACUGGCUUCGAGCCUUCAAUCACCUCAGGAUUGGGGAGAGCUCACCAAGCAGUCAGGGGAAGGAUCCCGGGGAGGAGAGCGACGCUGAAGCAGGAGCCCGGAGCAGUCCGGAGCCCUGCAGACGCACUUCGGCGGGGACAGCAGGAAGAGGAAAGGGGGCUACAGUGGCUCUAAAUGAGAGCCAGAGCCCUGCAGGGACAUCCGAGAGACCAGUUAGAACCAGCUCAGGACUGAGGAGAGGAGGGGAGAACAACCCAGAGAGAUCACUCUGCAGAACAAAGUGCUGAUGGCUGCGCCAUCAAAAAACGGAUGAAAGGAAUUUCAUCAGCGGGGGAGCGGUGGAGCACGACAACAGCAGGAAUCCCCAACAGAAGAAGAAGAAGUGAAGGUGAAAUGACUGUCCUCCCUGAAGUUUCACCAGACUUCAUUUAUUGAAGGUGAAGUAGCCAACUCUGCCUGAAGAGAAAACGAGCACAAGGCCUCUGUGUGCACAACAAACUUGAAAGAACCUGACUCUGAAAUGUUCAUGGUAACAGUGUGAAAGUCAGUUGUGUUUAUGAAAAACAAACCUACCAAAUGCUGGAAACCUGAUGACAUUUUUUGAUAAGGCAGUUUCUAGAGUUAAAAUAAUAAAGAUGUCUUUGUA